AUGAUUUCCUCGUCCUUCUUCCCCGCGCGCUUCCGGGGCGAGCAACCCGCCACCCCGCAACCUACACCGACUUGGUUUGGGAAACGCAUCACUCCCAUCCUCCAGUUCUUCUCCCGCCUCGCUUGCUCCCAUCCUAUCCAUACCGUUGUCAUCGUUGCCGUUCUGGCCAGUUCUUCCUACGUCGGUCUGCUGCAGGAGAGCUUGUUCGAUGCCACCAUUACUGUCCGCUCUGCGGACUGGUCUUCCCUCAUCGAGGGAAGCCGUUGUCUAAAGACGGGGCCCGAUUCCUCUUGGCGUUGGCAGACCGUUGAACACCACAAGAAGCUCCAGGACACCUCUUCUGCUCAGGCUGCCUACGACCACCUCGCCCUCCUGACCCUCGUCUUUCCCGAGUCCCAGUCCCCCGAGUCGGCCAACACGGCUCCGCGUGCGCAAGCCAUCCCCUUCGCUCCGAACACCUCCAUCACUCAGCUGCCGCCCACCUCCAAUUCGCUGGCUAGCUAUUCUCAGGACACGGCCCUGGCUUUCGCUGUUUCCUAUGCCGAGGCCCCCGAGCUUGUGGCCUCUAUCCAGGAGAUCCCCAACGUCGACGACUCCGACGACUCGGAGCUCCGCGAGACCCCCCACGGUCAGGAGUCCAAGAUGUGGAUCAUGAAAGCGGCCAAGGUCAACACCCGCAACAGUUACAUCCACUGGGUGAGCAACGCUUGGUCCGAAUUCAUCGACCUCCUGAAGAACGCUGAGAUGCUUGACAUUUUCAUCAUGGCCCUGGGCUACCUCUCCAUGCACCUCACCUUUGUCUCUCUCUUCCUCUCCAUGCGCCGCAUGGGCUCGAAUUUCUGGCUCUUCAUCAACGUCCUCCUCUCCUCCGUCUUUGCUUUCCUGUUCGGCCUCAUCGUCACCACCAAGCUCGGCGUCCCCAUCAACAUGGUCCUGCUCUCCGAGGGCCUGCCUUUUCUCGUCGUCACCAUUGGCUUCGAGAAGAACAUCGCCCUCACCCGCGCCGUCCUGAGCCACGCCAUCGAGCACCGCCGCCGCGAGGCCGCAAAGAGGAACGGCGGCAGCAAGUCCAGCAAGAGCUCGGCCGCGUCGCCUUCCAGCGUCGUCCAGUACGCCGUCCAGGCCGCCAUCAAGGAGAAGGGCUACGAGAUCAUCAAGGACUACGUCAUGGAGAUCUCCAUCCUCAUCUUCGGCGCCGCCUCGGGCGUUCAGGGCGGCCUGCAGCACUUCUGCUUCCUUGCCGCGUGGAUCCUCUUCUUCGACGGGGUCCUCCUCUUCUCCUUCUACACCGCCAUCCUCUGCAUCAAGCUCGAGAUCAACCGCAUCAAGCGCUACGUCGACAUGCGACGAGCCCUGGAGGACGAUGGCGUGAGCCGCCGCGUGGCCGAGAACGUCGCCAAGAGCAGCGAGGCUUCCGACAAUGGCAACGAUGCCGACGGCAAAGAAAAGGAGUCUUCGUCCCUCUUCGGCAAGCAGAAGAGCAGGAACGUGCCCAAGUUCAAGGUCCUCAUGGUCACCGGCUUCGUUCUGAUUAACCUCGUCAACAUCUGCACCAUCCCGUUCCGGAAUGCUAACACCUUGUCCUGGACGGAUGGUCUGAGCUCCAUGGUCACGCCAUCCCCCGUCGACCCUUUCAAGGUCGCCGCCAACGGCCUUGACGCCAUCCUCGGGUCUGCCAAGGCCAACAGCCGGCCUACCAUCGUUACCAUCCUCACGCCCAUCAAGUACGAACUAGAGUUCCCUUCGGUGCACUACGGGCUUCCCAGUCGGUCCUCCAAGACGGGUGCAGGCAUUUCUGGCGACGGCGAUGGCAACCUGGACGGCUACGGCAUGGGCGGCAGUGUCGUCGGCAGCAUUCUGACGAGCCUGGAGGACCCCGUCCUCUCCAAGUGGAUCGUUGUCGCUCUCGCCCUGAGCGUCGCCUUCAACGGUUACCUGUUCAACGUCGCUCGCUGGGGGAUUAAGGAUCCCAACCUGCCGGAUCAUCAGAUUGACCGCGACGAGCUGGCACGCGCCCAGAACUUCAACGACACCAGCACUGCCACCCUGCCUCUCGGCGAGUACAUCCCUCCCCCGGCGAGCGCCUCCAGUCCCGUCACGCCGGCCUCGACCGACGACGAGUCGGACCCGCUCACGAUGCGACCGGUGCAGGCUGCGGCAGAGUCGUCCGAGUCGUCCGAGUCGUCGACGCUUUCGGCACCGCGUUCGUUUGCCGAGUUGGACAAGAUGGUGGCCGAGAAGCGGGCGCAUGAGAUGAACGACGACGAGGUGGUGGCCAUGUCCCUGCGCGGCAAGAUCCCCGGUUACUCCCUCGAGCGUACGCUCAAGGACUUUACGCGCGCCGUCAAGGUGCGCCGCUCCAUCAUUGCCAAGACCAAAGCCACCGAGGGCUUGACCAGCAAGCUCGACCGGUCGAAGCUGCCGUACGAGAACUACAACUGGGAACGCGUCUUCGGAGCGUGCUGCGAGAACGUCAUCGGCUACAUGCCCCUGCCCGUCGGCGUGGCCGGCCCGCUCGUCAUCGACGGCCAGAGCUACUUCAUCCCCAUGGCCACGACCGAGGGCGUGCUCGUGGCCAGCGCCAGCCGCGGCUGCAAGGCCAUCAACUCGGGGGGCGGCGUCAUCACGGUGCUGACCAACGACGGCAUGACGCGCGGGCCUUGCCUGAGCUUCGACACGCUGGAGCGGGCCGGCGCGGCCAAGAUGUGGCUCGAUUCGGACGCGGGCCAGGCCAGGAUGAAGAAGGCGUUCAACUCGACCAGCAACUAUGCGCGUCUCGUGCAGAUGAAGACGGCGCUCGCCGGCACCAACCUGUACAUCCGGUUCAAGGCGACGACGGGCGACGCCAUGGGCAUGAACAUGAUUUCCAAGGGCGUGGAGAACGCGCUGGACGUGAUGAUGAACGAGUGCGGCUUCGAGGACAUGAACAUCGUGUCGGUGUCGGGCAAUUACUGCACGGACAAGAAGGCGGCUGCCAUCAACUGGAUCGACGGCCGCGGCAAGAGCGUCGUCGCCGAGGCUAUCAUCCCGGCGGAGGUGGUGCGCAGCGUGCUGAAGAGCGAUGUCGACAGCCUGGUCGAACUCAACAUUGCCAAGAACCUGAUCGGAUCGGCCAUGGCGGCUUCGGUGGGUGGCUUUAAUGCCCACGCCGCCAACAUUGUGGCUGCCAUUUUCAUUGCCACGGGUCAGGACCCGGCCCAGGUGAUUGAGAGCUCCAACUGUAUCACCAUUAUGAAGAAUCUCCGCGGCUCCCUCCAGAUCUCCGUCUCGAUGCCCUCCAUCGAAGUGGGCACCCUCGGUGGCGGUACCAUUCUUGAGCCUCAGAGCGCCAUGCUCGAUAUGCUCGGCGUUCGCGGCUCGCAUCCCACGCAACCCGGCGAAAACGCCCGACGACUUGCCCGCAUCGUUGCUGCUGCCACGCUUGCCGGUGAGCUGUCUCUGUGCAGUGCCCUGGCGGCCGGCCACUUGGUGAAGGCCCACAUGCAGCAUAACCGGUCCCAGCCUGCCACGAGAACCAAUACACCGGCUCCCAAUGGAGCUGCGGCACCUGCCGGCCUUGCCAUGACGAAUGCUACCGGGAAGGCCGGAUCAUCGACCAACCUGAGUGCUGCUGCUGCCGAGCGCGCACGUCGUUAA